CACACACACACACACACACAGACACAAACGCACACCUUUAUUCAAAGUAACACACAAAUGCUCUCUCAGAAUAUAAGAUAAGUAAAUGUAUGUUUGAUUUGGCCUUGUGUCCAUGUUUCACUCUACCCUUGACAGUAAGCUGUUGUUCAAAAUAGUUUUCGACAUAAAUUACAAAAUUGUUAAGGAAUGGCAUUCGGGGAGAUGGUGACGCCGGGCCUCGAGGAUACGGCUGUUCUCUGCUACAACAUUGAUUCGCCAAAGAAUUUCUAUAAAUAGAGGCAGCCCUUGCUCAAUUGUGAUUCUUUGCAAUUCAGAACAGACCAGGUCACACAAACACACACACCCUUGCUUACAGCGCCGUAAGGUAUGAUAUUAUCCCUGAACACGCAGCAGCAGCAGGAAAGAAUGAGGAAGUCCCUAGAGUGUUUAGUCUCUGACUUCUUGGCUUUGUAGUUAACCUUUACCCAGACAGGCCGUCUCAAAAACACUAAGGCCCACAAGUCUGUUUACUCUCGAUAAGAGAGAGAGAGAGAGAGAGACACACACAUACACACAAACACACACUCACGCACACAAUCGUAAUCUACAGCAUUGCCUAAGGUUUGUCCUUACAUAGCGAGCACUCCCUACUCCCCCUCCCUCCUGCCCUGUCCUUCGAGGUUGUUCCCCAGGUUGCUAUGACUGUCCCUCUGUGUAUUGUUCAGAGCAGCGGUGCACCUGUGGAGGAAGCAACUGUUUGUUUCCCCCCUUGCCUAGUGAGCAGAUCAGACAGAACGCACCAACCGCAUGUUUAACGAUCUCAUCUGAUGACGAGGCUGAAGGAGUCUCGGUCCCACGAGUCUUUGCUCUGCCCCAGCGGGGGCGUGGAGGCGUUGGACCUCAGCAUGGAGGAGCAGGUGGUCAUCAAGCCCGUGCACAGCAGCAUCCUCGGCCAGGACUACUGCUUCGAGGUCACCACAUCGACGGGAAGCAAGUGCUUCUCAUGCCGGUCGUCCGCAGAGAGAGACAAAUGGAUGGAGAACCUGAGGAGAGCGGUGCACCCCAACAAGGACAACAGCCGCCGGGUGGAGAACCUGCUGCGCCUGUGGAUCAUCGAGGCCAAGGACCUACCGGCCAAGAAGAAGUACUUCUGCGAGCUGUUCCUGGACGACGCCCUGUACGCCCGCACCACCUGCAAGCUGAAGACGGACAACGUGUUCUGGGGCGAGCACUUUGAGUUCAACAACCUGCCGGCGGUGCGCAGCGUCACGGCGCACCUCUACAAGGACACGGAGAAGAAGAAGAAGAAGGACAAGAACAACUAUGUGGGCCUGGUGGUCAUCCCCACCGCCGCCGUCACCGGCCGCCAGUUCGUGGAGAAGUGGUACCCGGUGAGCGUGCCCAACCCGGCCAAGGGCAAGGGCGCCUCGGGGCCCAUGAUCCGCAUCAAGGCGCGCUACCAGAGCAUGAACAUCCUGCCCAUGGAGAUGUACAAGGAGUUUGCCGAGUACACCACCAACAACUACAUGCUGCUGUGCUCGGUGCUGGAGCCCGGCAUCAGCGUGAAGAACAAGGAGGAGAUGGCCUGUGCGCUGGUGCACAUCCUGCAGAGCACGGGGAAGGCCAAGGACUUCCUGACGGACCUGAUGAUGUCGGAGGUGGACCGCUGCGGGGAGAACGAGCACCUGAUCUUCAGGGAGAACACGCUGGCCACCAAGGCCAUCGAGGAGUACCUGAAGCUGGUGGGACAGAAGUACCUGCAGGACGCCCUGGGCGAGUUCAUCAAGGCCCUGUACGAGUCAGAUGAGAACUGUGAGGUGGACGCCUCUAAGUGUUCGUCCAGUGACCUGCCGGAGCACCAGAGCAACCUGAAGAUGUGCUGCGAGCUGGCCUUCUGCAAGAUCAUCAACUCCUACUGCGUCUUCCCCCGGGAGCUGAAGGAGGUGUUUGCGUCGUGGCGACAGGAGUGCAGUAACCGGGGGCGACCCGACAUCAGCGAGCGUCUGAUCAGCGCCUCGCUGUUCCUGCGCUUCCUGUGUCCUGCCGUCAUGUCCCCGUCGCUGUUCGACCUGAUGCAGGAGUACCCCGACGACCGCACCGCACGCACACUAACACUCAUCGCCAAAGUCACGCAGAACCUGGCCAACUUCACCAAGUUUGGCAGCAAGGAGGAGUAUAUGUCCUUCAUGAACCAGUUCCUGGAGCACGAGUGGACCAACAUGCAGCGCUUCCUGCUGGAGAUCUCCAACCCGGAGACCAUCUCCACCACGGCGGGCUUCGAGGGCUACAUCGACCUGGGCCGCGAGUUGUCCACGCUGCACUCGCUGCUCUCCGAGGUGGUGGCCCAGACAGACCAGACCGCGGCCGCCAAGCUGGGCCCCCUGCCGCGAAUCCUGCGGGAGGUGAGCGCGGCGGUGGCCAACCCGUCCUGCGUCAUGACCGGCUCCGGCCCGGCCUCGGACCACGCCUCCUCCACCGCCGCCAACGCCUCGUCCUCCUGCUCCUCGCCAUCGCCCCCCGGCGCCGGCUGCAGCAUCUCCACCGGCCUGCAGAAGAUGGUCAUCGACAACGACCUCUCAGGGCUGGUGGACUUCACGCGGCUGCCCUCGCCCACGCCCGAGAACAAGGACCUGUUCUUCGUGACCCGGAGCUCGGGGGUGCAGCCCGCCCCGGCCCGCAGCUCCAGCUACUCCGAGUCCAACGAGCCAGAGCCGGGCCUGGCCAACGGCAGCAAGAGCCUCUCCAUGCUGGACCUUCAGGACCCCCGCAGCAUGGACCUGGCCCAGGGCGGCCCCUCCCCGUCGGACCUCAGCCCGGGCCCCUGUCUGGUGGAGGGCCCCCCGCCGGCCUCCUCCGUGGCCGUGUGGUCGGCCCGCGCCCCACCGGGCGGAGGUGGCGGCGGCGGUGGCGGGGCCGCCCCCCCGGGGGUCCCCGCCCUCCUCAGGAGGCCCGGGCAGACGGCGCCCGCCGCCUCGGGGUCGGACGGCCUCCCAGGGAGGCCGCUGCCGCAGCACCUGCUGGCGCCGCUCUCCUUCCAGAACCCCGUGUACCAGAUGGCGGCCGGCCUGGUCGUCUCGCCGCGCGGCCUCGGCGCCGACUCCGGCUCCGAGUGCCACAGCUCCGUCAGUUCCCAUAGCAACAACGAGGACGGGGGGAAGCUGAACUAUCUGAACCACAGCGGAGGAGGAGGGGGAGGAGGGGGAAGCAGCGGGGACGAGUACAUCCGGCGGUCGGGGGAUAUCACGCGGCGGCAGCUCUCCCUGACGGACCCCCAGCCGCCCCCCGGCGUCCCGCGGCAGAACAGCGGCGGUCCGCAGCGCCGGAUAGACCAGCCGCCGCCGCCGCAGCCCCAGGGCGUGACGCGCGGCCGCACGCCGCCCAACCUGCUGAGCGGCGGGCCCUACCCCCGGCCCGCCUCCGGCAGCGUGAUGUCGUCCGCCUCGCCCGAUUGGCCGGGCUGCGGUGUGCGGCUCCAGCACCAGACGUCCAAGGGGGAGAGUCCGGAGAGCAAGCACCGGGUGGGGCAUAAGCAGGCCCCCUCCCUGGUGAAGCCCAGUGCGCUGGACCGCACGGCCGCUUGGCUGUUGAAUAUGAAUGUGCAGUAUUUAGACCAUGAGGGUCCGGAGCCGGAGCCCCCCAGACACAGAGAGGACCUGUCUCAGGUGGAGAAGUACCAGCAGGAGAUCGCGGUGCUCCAGGAGCGUCUGCGGGCGUCGGUGCAGAAGCUGGAGGAGUACGAGGCGCGUCUGAAGGGGCAGGACGAGCAGGCCCAGAAGGUGCUGAUGGAGUACCAGGCCCGGCUGGAGGAGUCGGAGGAGCGGCUGCGGAGGCAGGAGGACGACAAGGACCUCCAGAUGAAGGGCAUCAUCAGCCGGUUAAUGUCUGUGGAGGAGGAGCUGAAGAAGGACCACUCAGACAUGCAGGCGGUCGUGGACUCCAAGCAGAAGAUCAUCGAUGCCCAGGAGAAGCGCAUCGCCUCGCUGGACGCGGCCAACACCCGGCUGAUGAGCGCGCUCACGCAGCUCAAGGAGCGCUACAGCAUGCAGACGCGCAACGGCAUCUCGCCCACCAACCCCACCAAGCUACAGAUCACCGAAAACGGGGAGUUCAGGAACAGCAGCAACUGCUAGAGGGGGGCGCCAUGACGGAGAGGA